CGGAAUACUUUUACGGUCGUUGUUGAAGUUAUCUGGCUCGAGGUUGCAUUAGGUCGAAGUCCUUGCUCGAUGUCCACUGCGCAGAUUUGCCUUCCGUGAGCUUGACAUGGAAACGUGAUGACAGUACGACUUUUGGAGCGAGACAGUGAGUGCCUCCCACGAGACAGACGAGAUGGCGCAGGCCGUCGAGAGGUUGAGGAGUCAAAAGGGACCUGAGAUUGUUUGAGACAUGGUGCUUUCGAGAUUGCCAGUGGCCAACAUGCGAGAUGAUCACGCGUGGUGCGUUUUUGUCCCCGCAAUGCGUCAGGGGCGCGGCUGGAUUUCUUCUGGAGCGUAGUCGAAUCGAGGCUGGAAUUGGAGAAUGAGUUGAAAAUUCUGGAUUUUACGGACGAAGUCCCUGUGUUUUAUUAUGUGUAUGUAUAUGAUUGUUUGUCUGUCGUCUUUGCGUUUCCUUCGAGUUCUGGCGCCGAAGAACGUGGCACGAUACUUCUUGCACGGUCCGAGAUUUGGGUCGCUUACAAAUCAUGCAGCAGUCUCUCUGACGAUUUAGUCGAAGGGUUGGCCAUGAUCUCGUUGUACCGGGGGGAGCUCCACAAGGUUUCGGGUGUUCCCCGUCAGUGGGUUAUCCCGGAGAGCUCAAUACCUCUUUCGGUUUUCAAAAAGGCUUUGUUAAAGAAGAACGAUGCUCUGCUGAAAGAGUUACGGACUUCUUCGUCGCCGGAGAGGUUACUCUUUCCCAAUUCUCCAGGACCGAUUAGUGGUGAGAGUGGUCGAGGCCAUGUUAAUUCAGGGGAGGCGGAAAAGGCAGGCGUGGUGCCUUCUGGUAAUUGCGAUGUUGGUAUCCACAGAUUGGAGCCUUUGGGCGAAGAAAAUAAAACGCUUACUAGGCAUGCAAAAUCUGGGGAGAGCAGUGAGCUUGUCGCGGCGGAGAACGAGGAAUGGCAUGGGAGGAAUAGAAAUAAACAGGAGGGCAACCGGGAGGAAAUUGAAAAGCAAUUUGUCAAAGCCGAAGUUGAGCGGGAAAAUGACGAUGAUCCAGAAAAGUCAACGGAUGCGAGAGAUACAGCUGCGGGAUCAGAAGUCAUGGUCAUAGAUGCUGUCGAUCAAUCUCAGGAGAUGGAGUGCGAUAUUUUGGCAGUGGAGAAAACUGGAAUGGAAAUUGACGAGGAAUUUUCUGAGCAGGGUAGGGUUAGGGUUAGCGAAACAGGGGAAACAGGAACAAUUGUAGGAGCGGACGGUGAAUCUAGCAAGGGAACAGGGUUGAGCGAUCCUAGUAUUGAAAGAGCAGAAAAUUCAGCGGACUUGUCGAAGAAUGGCGAUCAAACAGGUUUGGAAGCGCGUGAGAACUCGCUUCCUGCUUUAGUGGACUCGACCCCGGGUGCAAAUGUUAAAAGUCCAAAAGAUUUCAGUAAGAAGACGGAGGCAGGAGAUGUGGUUGAUGUGAAAGAGAAUGAGAAGAAUGCGAGAAAAAGAAAACGAGAGGAACUUCAGGCGAAACUGGAGAAGUUGACAGCUGAUAAACAUCACCUUGUACUCAUGUUGAAGCAGGUGCUCAGUGUAGAAGAAUCCAAGAAAAGAGUCACGACGACCAAUGCUUCUCAGCAAGGGCUACCAGGGAUGAGUGGUGCCGGUGACUCACCUGCGGUCUCCAGUUUUGGAGAAAAACUGGGAUUGCAGAUAAGUGGGGAUUUGGAAGAAGGAGAAUUGGAAUACGCAAGGACCCCAAGCCCCCCACCUCGACCUAUUCAAAGUAGCCACAGUAGUCAUAAUGUUUUGGGCCCUCCUCCACCAAUGGUGACAAAUCUUGGACGACAGAACACUUUGACCCAGCAUAUAUCACAGGGUUCAUCUGGCCGGGGAGGAUAUUAUGUACAAGCUACUGGCAUUACUCCUUCAACUGUUGGGACUGGGAUCGCAGGAGGGGGAGCUUUAUCUCCGGGAGCAGUGUACAUGGGAAACCUGCCUUCGCCUCUAGGUCCACAUAAUUACUCUCAUAAUAUGGCUUUACAACACGCUACUCUUCAUGCGCAAAAGAUUGUGCCAGUACCACCGGGACACGGCCAGUUCAGUCCCAUUCCUCCGAAUGGACCCCCUUUAGGAGCUGGACCUGGAGUCGCAGGCGGACCUCCCGGGUUUGGUGGAUAUGUUGUACCUCCUACCUUGCAUCCUCACCAUCCUCACUUGUCUCAAACAGCUGCUUCAUCUACUUCACACAUACCCGUGCAACAAGGGGUUGUCUCAACUUCCCUGCUUACAACUCCUCGGGGUCCGGUGGGCUAUCACGAGAUGCGCUUAGGAGGGAAUUCAUGGAUUCCGAGAUGACGAGUACGGAGCAUACAUUUAUGUUAUUGUAACGACAUUCAGAUUUGAUCUAGGAAUAGAAGCUUUAGGAUCUAUAGGAUCUCACAUGAACGAUGGCCCUUCACGAGAGAAGAUGGCCCGUUCAACUUUAUGUUCACUUUCCCAUAGCUAGGUUUACCAUCACAGGCCAGAGUUUCUUGUGCAUACUGUGUACAAUAGGCCUCCAUUCUUUGAGUUUAAAGAUCAGGUUGAAUGAAUCUGCAUGUAAAAUAUGUAAUGAAGAAGAGAUCUGAGGCUGUAUCAUAAGAUUGUACAUGAAGAUCAUUAUGAGAGUAACGGAUCACUCUCCAUUUCUU